CUUAAACGUAGGUCAAUACUAUUCGAGAUCAUGGGGCUUCUCAGCAUGAUAAGAAAGAUCAAGAGGAAGGAGAAGGAAAUGCGUAUUCUCAUGGUGUCCGUAGCUCGCUCGUUCACCUCCUUUUCCACUUCUCCAUUUCUAAUUUAGCCCCCCAUCCAUGGCAGCUCGAAAUCCAAUCGGGAUUCUCCCGUCGUCUCCAUCCAUUUUUUCUUUCGCGGUGCGUGCAGCGGCCUGGACAACUCGGGGAAGACGACGAUUGUUUUGAAAAUUAAUGGAGAAGACACCAGCGUCAUCAGUCCAACACUGGGCUUCAACAUCAAGACCAUCACUUACCACAAGUAUCUGUUGAAUAUAUGGGACGUUGGUGGGCAAAAGACGAUAAGAUCGUACUGGAGGAACUACUUUGAGCAAACCGAUGGCCUGGUUUGGGUUGUGGAUAGUUCAGAUCUUAGAAGGCUAGGUGAUUGCAAAAUGGAACUCGAUAACCUCUUGAAGGAAGAGAGGCUAUCUGGAGUGUCUUUGCUGAUACUUGCUAAUAAGCAAGACAUCAAUGGGGCUCUUACACCGGACGAGAUUGCCAAAGUAUUGAACUUGGAUAACAUGGAUAGAACCAGACAUUGGAAGAUCGUCGGUUGUAGCGCUUAUACGGGUGACGGGCUGCUCGAGGGGUUCGACUGGCUAGUUCAAGACAUCGCCUCUAGAAUCUACGUGGUUGACUAAAUCGUAAGCUGCUACCUAGGACCAUUUGUUGUUGGUUUCCUUUCGUAUUUGUAAUGAGUUUGUAUCUUGGAAUCGAGGGUCAGCUCCAAACUUGUGCUGCUUAGUGCUAAAAUGAGGUAAAACUGUGUUUCAUUCACAUUCCAGAAUACAGCGCCCUCUUACAUUUCACAGAGUUACACAUGUGCAGCCAAUUUCAAUGGAUUUCAUCACAGAAUCCAGAACAAGCUGAGUCUUCCUGCAAAUCUCAGCCCACUUAACAUCAGGCGGCGACCCCGCCUUAAUCCCCUGAACAAGCCUGGCAAAUUCCUCAACCAUCAAAACCUCCUGUGAAACUUCAUUCACAACUUCAACCUUCUCGGGCUUCACGUUCCAACCCAGAUCCCGUUCCACGAACUUAGCCAUCCAAGUGAAGUUGAACUCAGCGGAUUGCUCCUUGUACGGGAGUAUGAAGUCCCCUAAAUACAGAGACCCAUUGACGCCAACAAUCUCCAAUUCCAUGGUGAGAUGAGAGAGGAAAGAGCAGUGGAUGAUCCCGACCGUGUUGUCUUGUUCGUAGUGCAGCUGUGCAGAACAGGAGAGAAUGACUCCGGUAGAGCUUUUGGUGAUGUCGGGUAAAGCGGUGACAGAACUGGGGAGGUGGAAGUCUUUCGCCCACAAUACCGCUCCUAUACCGUACCAGCCCAGUUCCCCAAGCGCCCCCAUGGUUUCCAUUGCUGGCUUCCCGGCGGGGACUGAGGUCUCGAAGAAUUGACGCGGGAUGAAAGCUGUUGAUGUUGUAUGAAUCUGUCCAAUGUUUCCGACGAGUUUAGGAUCGGAGAUGAGCUCCUUCAUCUUGGCCGUCCGUGGGUGGUGGAGCCACAUGGUGGCGUCCAUGAACUGAACUACGUUCCUUUCGCAAGCUUCCAAAACCUUAUCCAAUUCCCCCAAAUCAACGGCGCCGGGCUUCUCCAUCAGCAAAUGCUUCUUCUUCUCCGCUACCGCCACUCCCCACCGCGAGUGCUGCCCCACCGGCAACGGUACGAAGACUGCGUCCACGUCCGGAUCGUCGACGACUUCUUCAUGGCUGCUGCAUAUCCUGACCGUCUCCGGCAGCUCGUUUGUGACGGCGAACUGCUUGGCUUCUUCAGGGGAGGCACUGGAAAUGGCGUGAAGGGUGGUGGCAGGGGAUAAGAGUAUGGCUCUGGUUACUUUCUUCGCUAGCCUGGAGCAUCCGAUGAUCCCGAAUCGAACCGGACAAUUUUCUGCUGCCAUUUCUCCCCUUCCUUUUCUUACUAUUCGUUUUCUUCUAUAUGUCUUUCGAUUUCUGGAUUGUGGGUUGUUGAAUGAGGGAGAAGUUGCUAAAAGCCGGAGAAACAGACAGAGACCGAGAGUAGAACGAAGCGGUGAUGAGUUGGUUGUUUUUGGACCCCAACUGUGGUGAGUUUUGAUAAGGUUAGAAACACACGAGAAGUUCUAUGAGUUUGAGCAGGAAAAAUAAUGGUUUGGAUUUAUGAAAGAUAUAAUUUGGUAAAUUGUCUCAA